AUGAAGAUGCUGAGCUUCAAGAUGAAGCGCGUGGUGCUGGUCGUGGUGCUGGACGUGGUAACCGUGGUCGUGGCUUUGUUGAACUCGGUGCUCGCCGUGUCCCUCCACAACAACAAGACGAUGGCGUAUAUGUUCAAGUAUGACUCCACCCAUGGCCCAUUCAAAGGAUCCAUUAAGGUUGUGGAUGAUUCAACCCUGGAGAUCAAUGGGAACAAAAUCACAAUCACAAGCAAAAGAGAUCCUGCAGAUAUUCCUUGGGGCAACUUUGGAGCUGAAUAUGUUGUUGAAUCAUCUGGUGUUUUUACAACGAUCGACAAAGCACCAGUACACUUGAAGAUUACUGGGUUGAUUCUCUCCCUCGUCUGCGCCAUCACCCUCGCCCUCGCCGCCGACCCCGCCAUCCUUGGCAGGGCAUCCAGCGUCAGGGCCUUCGUCAAGCAUGGGGAGGACUCCAGCCACGUCAGGCUCUCCCUCCGCGGCGACGCGCCUGGCCGCGACAUCCACAUCACCCGGAAAAUAGACACAAACAACAAGUCCGAGUGGCUCCUCCACGGUAACCCUGCUACCCCCCUUAUCACUGACAGUGUGUCACUCUCCAAAAAAGAAAUCAUAGAUGUCAUCAGGAAGUUUAAUAUUCAAAUUAACAACUUAACUCAGACUGUAAAGCAAAAGGAGCAGACCUUGAACAAUCUAAGGGCUCUCAACGCUGUGUCCGGCAAAGAGAUAAGCUUCUGA